AUGACAUCCACUAAGUUUUCUAACCACAACGGAAGAACAACACACAAAAUCAAAACAAACAUGAAAGCCGUAUUCAUCUUCGCCUGUCUGUUGGCUGUUGCCUUCGCUCGCCCCAACCCUGAAGCCGAGAUUGUGCGUCUGGACUCCGAUGUCGGUCCUGAGUCCUACACAUACAACCUUGAGACCAGCGAUGGUACAAAGAAGGAAGAAGCUGGAAAAUUGAAGAACGUUGGCAGUGAAAACGAGGCUAUCGCCGUUAGCGGCAGCUUCUCGUGGGUGGAUGAGAAGACUGGUGAGAAAUUCACCGUCACCUAUGUUGCUGAUGAGAACGGUUUCCAACCACAAGGUGCUCAUUUGCCAGUUGCCCCAGAAGCUUAA